UGUUCAGUAAACCAUAUUAGUCAAAUGAAAAAGAAGUAGCGGGGUAUUCAACUCGUAUUAUUGAAAGACAGUGAAAGGACCAAAAGAUUUAUCAUUUUAUCAUCUCAAUUGGAUUUGAACUUUAUUCAUUUCCAUUCGGACAAUACACAGCCUGUGCUAAGAUUGUGAAGAAAUCUCAUGGAAUAUCAGGAACUUUCCGAGCAGGACUUGUCAAAGGCUGGACAAACACAGCUACCCCCAUCUUCUCAAGGAAUGCACGUGCCGGUCAACCCACAGCAUGCAGGGAUGCAUGUCUCCCAUUCUCAUGGACAGCAAUCCCAGCAACACUCACCCAACUCCCAAACUAACCUUAAUGGCAGCGGAGCAGGCUCUCCAAAUUCCGGGACCAGCAAAAAAGACCUGGAUAGAGUCAAGCGACCUAUGAAUGCUUUCAUGGUGUGGUCUCGGGGCCAGAGACGAAAAAUGGCCCAGGAAAACCCCAAAAUGCAUAAUUCUGAAAUAAGUAAGAGACUCGGUGCCGAGUGGAAAUUAUUAUCUGAAUCGGAAAAACGGCCGUUCAUUGACGAGGCCAAAAGACUUCGUGCCAUACACAUGAAGGAGCACCCUGACUACAAGUACAGACCGAGGAGGAAAACGAAAACUCUCAUGAAGAAAGACAAGUACGCCCUACCCGGAAUGCCUACAGGUGCUGCCCUACAACCCGGACGGGAUGGACAGAUGUACCCUCCAAUGGGAGGAUACAUGCCCAACGGAUACCCGGGAAUGAUGCACGACGCAAAUGCAUACAUGAAUCAGAUGGGUCUGGCGGGACAGUAUGGAUACAUGCCAACACAGCAAAUGUCAGGAAAUCAGAUGACAUCCGGAUCCUAUAUGAACGGAAGCUCCAGCUACACAAUGUCCAUGGCCGGAAUGGCCCCAUACCCCUCCAUGUCCCCUUCCCAAAUGGCCGGUGGUGUCAAACGAGAGCCUACACCAGGAUCUGGUCCACAGGGACCCGGGCGACCUACGAACCCCGGAGAUUUACGCGAAAUGAUUAGUAUGUACCUACCACCUAAUGCCGACGGUUCCGACCCUCAUAGUGCUCAGAGACUUAUGCAUCAAGCUCAUUAUCAACCCCCUCCUCCGUCUUCUGAAACGGGGGUAAACAACACAGUACCGCUAACGCACAUGUAACUACAAUCAGAAACUAAUUGUAUCAUACAAAUGUGUUUAUAGACAAGACUUUAUUAUAUAUAUUUUGUGUGCGAACAAAUCCCAUACAGGAUAUUAUGGUCGGUCAUACAUGUAUAUCGCCGUAUUUGUUGACAUUUUUUUGUAACUUUUUUUCCAUAAAGAUUUGUGCGCAUGUUAACGAAUUCUCGCAGAAAAAAAAACUGCCGUGAAGAUUUUCAACAUAUAUUUUUUGUUUGAUACACAUAAACAUGGUUCAUUUUUUGACCAAAUGCUGAGUGAUUUCGUGGAAUGUGUGAAUGUGUGACAUUUUCAUUUUCAAAACAAUCAUCAGGGACAGCAUAAGUAUUCAAUUUAUCCCUAAAUAUUCAAACCAAAGGGACAUCUAGGUACGCAUAAUAUCUAAGUUCUGAUGAAAUAUUGCUCAGAUUUUGUUGUUUUUUGUUUGUUUGCUUCUAAAUUUAUCAUACAAUUAUAGAUACUUAAAUUCAACUAUCAUAAACACCAUCAAAGAACGAAUUUACCAGUAUUAUUUUUAUUUUAUUGUUCAGUGUGCGAACUAGAUUAUAAUUAGUUUAUUAGAGAAAAAAAAAAUGUUUAUAUUUUUUAAAACUUAUUUUUGUUUCCCCGUGUUAUUUAAGCUCGGAAUUAAAGGGUUUUAAAUAUAUUACCUACUUAUAAACAAGUGAUUUUUGUAUCACUUGAUUUGUAAAUAUUGUAUGACCAUUCAGAAUACUGUAUUUAUUUGAGUGUUUGGCUAGAGAUAUAAGAAAUAUCUCAAAUAGAUAUAUUAAAUAAUGAAAAGAAA